UGAAGAAAACCAUGAAGAGUUAUACAAACAAAUCAGAAUUUUUGUGUAGAAACAGUCUUUUGAUUAUUUUAUUGCGAUAUACACCGUGGUAAAUGCAGAUGAGUUCAGCCUACAUUUAUAGAAUAUUGAAGCAACUCCUAGAAAUACUUCGUUCGUGAAUUUAAAUUCAUUCGUUUGAAAACAAAGAAUCUAUUUUUAGUAAAAGUCUUCCUUAAUUCCACCAUAUCAAGUCUGCGCUAAAAUACUCUCUAGAAAUGGUUUGACAAAAUAAAAUCCGAUAUACAUGUAUUAUGCAGUAUCAUUAACUUUCAAACCACAUAUUCCGUCUAACGUAAUUGUAUACGUGUCCACAAAUUAGCGACUACAAUUGAGUGACCAUGGAAUUCAGGGAAGUCCCCAAGAAUAAAUGACAAAAGAAUGAUUCAUGCUUGAAAUUUCAGAUUGAAAUGUAUUAAAAAAAAAAAACUCUGAUUGUUUCAUAAUGUUUACAUUUUAGGAUUUAAAUGUCCUUUAAAAUUGAACUGUGCAAUGAUUAUCUCUGCACUUGAAAAGGUGUUAUCUUUAAACUGGAGAUGUCAUUGAGAUAUUGAAUGUGAUAAUAUUUACUUUUGUUUCAACAUUUAUGGACAUUUAAAUCAUGGCUACAUCUAUAGAUCAAUUUGAAUACAUCAGGAAUAUAGGAAAAGGCAGCUAUGGAGAAGUUACUCUUGCCCGUCAUAAGAGGGAUAGAAAACAGUAUGUGUUGAAGAAAAUAAAUUUGAAAAAAGCGUCAGCGCGAGAGAGACGUUCUGCAGAGCAGGAAGCAAAGUUGCUUUCCAAAUUAAAACAUCCAAAUAUAGUGUCAUAUAAAGACUCAUUUGAGAAAGAAGGGUUUCUAUAUAUUGCUAUGCAGUAUUGUGAAGGGGGAGAUUUAUAUAAUAAAUUAAAAGAGCAGAAAGGAACUUUACUAGAAGAAAGACAAUUAGUGGAAUGGUUUGUUCAAAUAGCAAUGGCAUUACAGUAUAUGCAUGAGAGGAAUAUAUUACACAGAGAUUUGAAAACUCAAAAUAUUUUUUUAACCAAGAGCAAAAUAAUCAAAGUUGGAGAUCUUGGUAUAGCCAGAGUUUUAGAUAGUUCCUCUGACAUGGCAACUACAUUGAUAGGCACACCAUAUUAUAUGAGUCCAGAACUGUUCUCUAAUAAACCAUAUAAUCAUAAAUCUGAUGUAUGGGCACUCGGAUGUUGUGUAUAUGAAAUGAUGACUCUGAAGCAUGCCUUUAAUGCCAAAGACAUGAACUCUUUGGUUUAUAAAAUAUUACGAGGAAAGAUGCCACCUAUGCCGAGACAGUACUCCCAGGAUCUUGUGUCAUUGUUACGUAGUAUGUUACAUCAGGAUCCAGGAAAACGACCAACAGUCAACAGAAUUCUCAGGGAUCCUUAUAUCAAGAAAAAUAUUGCAAUAUUUCUUGAAGAAACCAAACAAAGUCGUCGUCCAGUAAGUGGUUCAAGGUCACAGUUGAGUCGUCCUGGCUCCGCCCACUCAGUAUCGUCAGUCUCCUCCUCAUCAUCAUCGGUCCCUCCCUCUUCUCGGUCUCGUAGCUCAGCCUCAUCUCAACAAGGCCUUGAUGUCCCUGACAGUUCAAGGUCAUCUUUAGAUAGUGAAAGGUCACAGCCGGAGAGUUCAAGGUCAGUUGUUAGUGUAUCAAGUGUGGAUGUAGGUGCUGGGGAACCUGCUGUAGAUAAACCAGUGCUCAAUCACAGGAGAAAGCCCCCAGACCUUCAUCCCAUACAUGAAGGUAAAAUGGUGGUCGAUCUGAAGGACGAGGAAGAAGGCUCUGAUCAGGAUACCAUUAAACAGCAGGGUACUCUCAAAAACAGUGCCGGGAAAGAGAGUAGAGAAAAUAAGGAAAAUAAAGAAGUCAAACAGAAAAACGAUGCCCCACCUCCAAAAUCUGAUAGACAACUUCCUCAACUAUCAUCAUCACCCCCACGUGAUCCGAACAGGCGGAAAAAGAAAUCUAUCCUCUCAAAACAUCCAAAGCCAGUAGAUAACCCACGACCGUUACCUCCCCCGCCAAAGGUAGAAGGGGAGGGGCUACCUCAGCGACGGAAUAAUUACCAAGAUGGAGGCGGGGAAUCAAAAUCUUCAUCAUCGUCAGGGUCAAAAGAUGAUAACAUUUCACUUGGUGAUGAAACACCUAGGAGUUUACCAAACAUGUCAGCAAGAGAGAAGAGACGACGGAAUAACAAUGCUCAGUCCUGUGAUAGACCUAAUACUGCCAGGGUUCGCCUGGAAAGACCAGAAAGUGCCAAGUCAACUGUGAUCACUGAUAGAGAAAAGAAAAGGUAUGAACAACAGGCAGCUCCAGCGCGACACAGACAGCCAUCUAUUGUAGAUGAUGACAGCAGUUCCUCAGACGAAGAUACUCUUAAAGCUGUUGAUUCUCAACGACAACGUAAUAAACAACAACAUAGGGGUUUACAUUUACUGCAUAAUGGUGAUUCAACAUCAAAACAUAGAAAACACAGCAAUAGGGAGAAUAAGGAAGUCAAUAAUCUGAUAUCUGUGUUAGACAAUACUCUACAUAUAGACAAAGAUGAUGAAGAGGAGGAGCUACAAGAGGUCAAGGUCGCAGAAGAAACACCAAGGCUACCAAAAAGCUCAUCUAUGCCAAGUAUUAUUGAGUUUGAAUGCUUAACUAGGACUCCGAAGCUAGUGGCAUUAAUGGGGAAGGAUAAUUUUGACUUGUAUGCUGGCAAGAUUUGGCAGUUGAAGUUUUGUGAGGAUAUGGCUCGUAUAGGGAUACCAUCCUAG